UUUGGUUGCAGACAGCUCACUGUCAGUGACAGCGGAGUUUGGACAGGAGCCCCAGAUCCCUGGCUAGAUGCAGGGCAGAAUUUCAGGAUAACCCAAACCAAAGAGUACACCAUUCCCCUGAUAGUGCAUAGUGCUGCUUGUAGCCAAGGUGUUGUGGCAAUUUGAAAUUGGUCACUCUUCACUCCGUGCUCAUACUGACUUAAAAUCCAGAAGGGACUGGCCAGGUUGCGUUCCGUGUGCAGUCGGCUGCAGGCCUAGGAUCUAGAGUGUGGGUCUGGAGUCUGGGUUUCCAUGUGAGAUCAGCUGCUGUGGCUGAGCUGGGAUUACUGCUCGGAACAAUAGAGCUCAGAGCCCCAGCAGCUGGUUUCACAAGGCAGCAGGAUCGGGUUUAGAGAUGAGCUGCCAAGGAUCUUCUGGAGCUUCCUGGCCUAACCGCAGCUCCCCCAGCCUCCUCCCCACCCAGCUUCUCAGCACCUGGUGUCCUUUUCCUGCACCUCUUAAGUUAUGCUCAAAGCAUCUUUGUUUAAAGCUGUUCAGGUGAGGCCACAGCUCCGCCUUGGCCUUGAUAAUUACCUGGGCCUCCACCUCCUCUGUCUUUUAAGCCCCCAGGACCUCCCCUGGCCCCAUCAGAGAGAACACCAGGCUUCAAGGACGAGAGACCAAGCUACCUGCACCCAGGCCAGUUCUGAAGAUACAAUGAGGGGUGCUUCCCACCUCCAGAUCCUGCUCCUGUUGGUGUUAGGAACCAGGAUGCAGGAGUGUGCAGCUUGUGGGCAGCCCCGCAUGUCCAGCCGGAUCGUUGGGGGCCGGGAUGCUCAGGAUGGAGAGUGGCCGUGGCAAACAAGCAUUCAGCACCGUGGAGCCCAUGUGUGCGGAGGGUCACUCAUUGCACCCCAGUGGGUGUUGACGGCAGGUCACUGUUUCCCUAGACGGGUAUGGCCGUCAGAGUACAGUGUGCUCCUGGGAGCACUGAGUCUGGACGUCAGGUCAUCCCACGAGCUCUUGGUUCCUGUGCUGCGGGUGCUGCUGCCUCCUGACUACUCUGAGGACGAGGCCCGUGGUGACCUGGCACUGCUGCAGCUGCGUCACCCAGUGUCCCUGAGCACCCGCAUCCAGCCUGUCUGCCUGCCUGCACCAGGGUCCCAUCCACCACCAGGGUCUCCAUGCUGGGUCACUGGCUGGGGUAGCCUCAGCCCAGGAGUACCACUCCCAAAGGGGAGACCCUUGCAAGGAGUGAGGGUGCCGCUGCUGGACUCCCGAGCCUGUGACCGCCUCUACCACGUGGGUGCCAACGUGCCCCAGGGUGAACGCAUAGUGCUACCAGGGAACUUGUGUGCUGGCUACCGCAGAGGCCACAAGGAUGCCUGCCAGGGUGACUCUGGAGGACCCCUGACCUGUAUGGAGUCUGGCCACUGGGUCCUGGUGGGUGUGGUGAGCUGGGGCAAGGGCUGUGCCCUGCCCAACCGUCCAGGUGUCUAUACCAAUGUGGCCAAGUAUAGUCCCUGGAUCCAGGCUCGCCUGAGCCUCUGAUGCUGGUGGGUCUGAAAAUGUGAAUCUGGAGCUUCCUGGUCCAUCCCACAUUCCCCUCUUUCUCACAUGAAGCUGAGAUGCUAAGAGUCCAUCUGCCUACCCCCUUCCCUCCUCUCCUCCUUCAGGCCCAUCUUCUAUCACUCAGGGAUCUUCUGUGAGUCCCCUGCACUUACACUCUGCUCUCUCCUUUUGGCUCAUCUGGCCUGUAUGCCCUUUGCAUCCUGGAGGAAGUCAGACAGAUUUAAAGUAUAAGAGGAACUCUACACCAAGGAGAAUCUCCUUUGCUGACUUUGAAGGUUGAGGGGCCAGACACUGAGGAACCACAAGGCACUGACAGCCAGCAGGGGGAGAGAAGUCUGUGGCCACCAGGAACCUCCAACACCCUGGAGUCUGGAUACAAUUCCCCCAUCUUCUAAUCCCUUAGCUUCAUGCUGGUAAAGCCCUCAACAGAGGACGCAACUGAGCUGCCUGAGCUUUUGAUCCACAGAUUUUUCGAUUUAAUAAAUGUAUGUUGUUUUAAGCUGCUA